AUGGCGUUCAAGAUCACAACUGCUUCUGUGAAGGAUGGGGUUGAAGCUGGCGCACAAGCUGUGGCUCCACCCGUCAGGAAGACUCGAUCCUGCAAGUGUCUCCUGGCCGUUGCCAUCAACCUCACCAUCCUCAUUGUCGGAGGUGUCACGCUGGCCUGGUACCUCCUGGAGUACAGGGUUUGGUUCGAUGAGCCUCGUGUCCGGCAGCAGUACGCAGCCUACAUGUCCAUCCUCAACAGGAACUUCUCUGCUGAUCUGUCUUCUCACGGCAGCCCUGUGUUCCAGGACGAGGCCGUGGGAGUAAAGACCAUGGUGAGUAGGAUAAUGAAAGGCUCAAGUCUUUCCCGAUACUUCAUCGACACCAGUGUCUUCGCCUUUGCAAAUGGGAGUGUUGUGGCUCACGUCUGGAUCGUGAUGUCGGUGCCAAGCAGCCAUGUUGGGUGGCUGACGCAGACGAAGGUCGCUACGAGCCUGGCGAAGGGCCUGAGGGAGGCUGGAGGGUCCGAGGAGGGACAGGUGGUCUUUGUCGAUGGAUACUUCCUCCACCUCCCUUCGCUGUCGGUCAGCGACUGUUGCUACCACCAGAAGGUGUUGUCCGGACGCCUUGUGGCUCUCAGUGGCCCCGACACACAGCGCUCCUCCUGCCUGUGGCACCUCCAGGCGGAACCUGGCUCCCAGCUGGAGCUCCGCAUGGAGUUACUGCUGCCACAGUGCCAGGACCGGCUGGUGGUGUUCGAUUCCCUCACCCCCACCGAUACUCGCCUCAUCGCAUCUGUUGAUGGCUGCAGUCGACGGGAGCGUGUGAUCAAUAUCCUGUCCUCAGGGGAGUGGAUGACAGUGGUUUGGAAACAGGGACUUCACAACAGCAUGGUCCCCUUCUCUUUAUCCGCACAGGCCCGGGACCGCCAAGAGUGUAACUCCACCGUAGAGCUGAGGGCAGUGUCAGGGGUCCAGGGGACACUGAGGACCCCCUUCUACCCAAGCUACUACCCCCCAGACACCAACUGCACCUGGGUCUUUAUUAGGCCCAGUUCAUGCAUGGGUCUGUCUCUGGAGUUCGAGGGCUACAAGCUGAACAGAGCUGGCGACACUGAGGUCUGCAGCCAGGGUCAGUGGAUCGUCCAGAACCGCAGACGGUGCGGGACCAGGAGUUCGCAGCCGUACAUUGAACGAGUCUCCCUGCUGUCCAGGGUGGUGACCGUCUCCAUGACGACCCAGGUGUCCCUCACAGGGCCGGGCCUUCAGCUGCACUACAGCGUCUUCAACCUAUCAGAUCCUUGCCCAGGCAGGUUUCUGUGCACCUUUAAUGGCCUGUGUGUUCCUGCCUGUGAUGGAAUCAAGGACUGUCCCAACGGACUCGAUGAGAGGAACUGUGUGUGUGUGGCUCAGUACCAGUGUCCCGAGGAUGACAGUCGAUGUGUGGACUACACCAAGUUGUGUGACCAACAGCCAGACUGCCCUGGAGCCUCAGAUGAGAUGAAUUGCACUAAAGGUGUACAGUGCACAGAUGUGACCUAUGUGUGUGCUGAUGGAACGUGUCUGAAGAGGCCAAACCCAGAGUGUGAUUCUGUUGCUGACUGCCCAGACGCCUCAGAUGAAAAACAGUGUGACUGCGGCCUGAGGCACGCCUCCAGUCGUAUUGUCGGGGGCACCAACGCCUCGGAGGGGGAGUGGCCAUGGCAGGCCAGCCUUCAGGUGCGCGGCGCCCACAUCUGCGGGGGGGCUCUCAUCUCAAACCAGUGGGUGGUGUCCGCCGCCCACUGUUUCUAUGACGACCGGUUCCGCUCCGCCUCCUUGUGGACAGUCUACCUGGGUAAACUCCUCCUCAGUCCCAGCAGCCCCUCAGAGGAGGUGGUCCGGGUCCAGGAGAUCCAUCUCCACAAAGACUACGACAACACGACCCACGACUUCGACCUGGCUCUCCUGAAGCUGGACCGCCCCCCCUCCCCUGAGCAGGCUGGACCGGCUCUUCCCGUCUGCCUGCCCCCCCCGACCCACCCGCUGGACCCGGGCCUGCUCUGCUGGGUCACCGGCUGGGGGGCUGUCAGCGAGGGGGGCAAAGCCAGUAAUGAGCUUCAGAAGGUGGACGUCCGUCUGGUCAGUGAGGAAGACUGCGUCCGCUCCUACGGCAACCUGGUCACUCCCAGAAUGCUUUGCGCUGGUUAUAGCACUGGAGAGAAAGACGCCUGUCAGGGGGAUUCCGGGGGUCCCUUGGUCUGUCUGGGGCCGUCCGGUCGCUGGUUACUGGCCGGGGUGGUGAGCUUUGGCAAAGGCUGCGGGCGUCCGGGCUACUAUGGCGUCUACACUCGCAUCACCAGGCUCACCGACUGGAUCAAGAAGGUCAUCAGCCCCCCCCUGAGUCCCUGA